UUGCUGAACCUGCGGCACGAUACUGCCAUGAUUGAAACAUCGAACAUCGCAGUGAAUGCAAUCAAACAGCGGUUCCACAAACCAACACGAGCAUGGAAACACACAUCAAGUACGUCGUCAUCGUCGUCCUGUAGUGAAAAAGCGAAGAAAGUGCCACCCAGUCCUUGUUGGAAGUGCGGGUCGAUGCACUACGUACGUGACUGCAGGUUUAAAGACCAUAAGUGUUCAGUGUGUCACCAGUAUGGACAUAAAGAAGGAUACUGUGGUAGUGACAGAAAGUCCCCUAAGAAGCGGGUGAAGAGACGAUUGAGAAACGUCACAGUAGAAACUAAAACUGUACAAGUGUCAGUGAACAAUGUACGAGAAAGAAGAAAAUUUGUUCCAGUGUUUUUAAACGGUGCCGCGGUCCGAUUACAGCUCGACUCGGCGUCCGAUAUCACCGUAAUAUCCAGCGGAACCUGGAAACAACUCGGUGAGCCACCAACAAGAUAUCCGUCAGUGAAUGCCAAGACAGCAUCGGGUGAUUCUCUGCAGCUGCUAUCAGAGUUUGAAUGCUCGAUCACCAUCGAUGAGGUAACGCAAGUGAGUACAAUCUACGUCGUUGAGCAGGACCUGCAUAUCCUGGGGCUAGAUUUGGUGGAGAAAUUCCAGCUUGAUGCCGUUCCGAUGAAUGUUUACUGCCGCCAGGUGAACAAUUCUACCCCCAUAGUCGAGCGGCUCAAGGCCGCUUACCCGCAAGUUUUCAGCACCAGUCUAGGACGGUGCACCAAAACAACUGUGAAGCUAGACCUCAAACCAGGACAACGACCAGUGUUUCGCCCCAAACGCCCCGUGGCAUACGCCAUGUAUCAAGCCGUAGAUGAGGAACUGGAUCGUCUGGAGCGUUUAAAGAUUAUUACUCCCGUUGACUAUUCCGAUUGGGCCGCUCCGAUUGUGGUCGUGCGUAAAGCCAGCGGCGCUAUCAGGAUUUGUGGUGAUUAUUCUACAGGUUUGAACGAUGCCCUCCAGCCACAUCAAUAUCCAUUGCCACUCCCACAAGACAUUUUCGUCAAGCUCUCCAACUGUACGGUGUUUAGCAUAAUCGACAUGUCAGAGUCUUACCUCCAGGUUGAUGUCGAUGAUUCAACGAGUACGCUCCUCACUAUCAACACCCACCGGGGUCUCUAUAAGGUAAACCGCCUAGCACCCGGGGUCAAAGCUGCACCAGGGGCAUUCCAACAGCUCGUUGACACCAUGCUAGCUGGGCUCAAACAGACUUGCGGUUAUAUCGAUGACGUGAUCGUCGGAGGCGAAAACGAGGAAGAGCAUUGGCAUAACUUAAACGCGCUUUUUCAACGCCUGCAAGAAUUUGGAUUUACUGUCCGUUUGGAGAAGUGCUCGUUUGGACGCAAGCAGAUCAAGUACCUCGCACACAUGCUCGAUCAACAUGGUAUUCGCCCUGAUCCGGCGAAGGUAGAGGCCAUCAAACUAAUGCCAGCACCCACAAAUGUGUCGGAAGUUCGGUCGUUUCUCGGAGCCGUAAACUAUUACGGAAAAUUUGUACCGAAUAUGCGUGCCCUUCGUAGCCCAAUGGAUGAUCUACUGAAAACAGGAGCGAAAUUUGUGUGGACGUCUCAGUGUCAGCGAGCCUUCGACGAAUUCAAGACUAUUUUAUCAUCCGAUUUGCUUUUGACCCAUUACAAUCCAAAACUGGACAUAGUUGUUUCGGCUGAUGCAUCGUCAGUCGGACUGGGAGCGACAAUUAGUCAUCGCUUCCCCGAUGGAUCUAUUAAAGUAGUCCAGCAUGCCUCAAGAGCCUUGGCACCCGCCGAACGCAACUACAGCCAGAUUGACCGAGAAGGAUUAGCCAUCAUCUAUGCGGUAACCAAAUUCCACCGCAUGAUUUUCGGCCGCAAGUUCCUGCUCCACACUGACCACCAACCGUUACUGCGAAUCUUCGGUAGCAAAAAGGGCAUCCCAGUAUACACUGCCAACCGUCUACAACGAUGGGCCCUAACGCUACUCUCGUACGAUUUCAAUAUGAUAUACGUGCCCACCGAGAAAUUCGGAAACGCGGAUAUUCUUUCCCGCCUCAUCAACCGCCACGUGAAGCAAGACGAAGAUUUCGUAAUCGCAUCUGUUACAUUGGAGUGUGAUAUUAGGUCAGUAGUAUGCAAUACUUUUAAUGCGUUACCUUUAAGUUUUAAGGCAGUACAACAAAGUACCAAAGCGGAUCCGGUGCUCAAAAAGGUCUACCGGUAUAUCCAGGACGGCUGGCCGAAAUCCCUGGUCAGUGAUGCCAAUCAAGAACUUCUCCGUUUCCAUAACCGUCGUGAGUCGUUAUCUACGAUGCAAGGCUGCAUCCUUUUCGGUGAAAGGCUUGUUAUUCCGUCUCCCUUACGCAAGCAGUGCCUCGACGAGCUCCACCGGGGACACCCCGGAAUUCAGCGGAUGAAAUCAUUGGCUCGAAGUUACGUAUAUUGGCCGUCACUUGAUACACAAAUUGUCGAUUUUGUAAAAGCGUGCUCGCCAUGCGCUUUGACAGCCAAAUCCCCUGCUUCAGCUGUACCUGUGCCAUGGCCCAAGUCCAUUCGUCCUUGGCAACGUAUCCAUGUAGACUACGCCGGUCCUAUCAACGGUGACUACUACUUGCUCGCCGUGGAUUCCUUCUCGAAAUGGCCAGAAAUCAUCCGAACCCGUCAAAUCACAGCGUCUACAACUAUCACCAUUCUUCGCAACAUUUUUGCACGACUAGGAAUGCCGGAAACGCUAGUGUCAGACAAUGGCACUCAAUUUACGAGUUCAUUAUUCACCCAGUUUUGUUCAACAAACGGGAUUGAACACGUUACCACUGCGCCGUUCCACCCCCAGUCUAACGGCCAGGCGGAACGAUUUGUCGAUACGUUCAAAAGGGCGCUUAAAAAACUCGAAGAAGGGAAAGGAACAACCGACGAAAUUUUGGAAACAUUCUUGCUGGCCUACCGAAGUACACCAAACCGAUCAGCACCAGAAGGCCUAUCACCAUCGGAACAUAUGUUCGGGCGUCGCAUACGCACUUGUCUCGAGCUGCUACGUCCACCAACCAAACAACAACAAUCAGCACCACUACAGGUCGACCCAAAUAAGUAA